GGAGUGGCCAGGAGAAAAAACUCUAGAUAAGGUAAUUAGGGGCGUGGCCUGGAGGAAAUGGGUCUAAAAAGGUAAUGAGGGGCGUGGUCUGUGGAAAAUCAGGCCUAAAAAGGAUAAUGAGGGGCGUGGCUUGAAUAAAACCGCUAUAAGAGACAGUGAGGGGCGUGGUCUGAAUAAAUCAGGUCUAUAAACGGCAAUUUUGGGCGUGGCCUAGAGAGGGUCUCUCUAAAACGGAAUAAAAUGCCUCCUGAAUCCCUCCCCCUGAUCCAGUUGCCCUCCCUCAUCCGGAGCUGAGUCUGAGGGGCAUCGAGGACGCCGUGGGGGCUUUGCGGUGCAGAAACCCUGGUGAGGGAGCUGGGAGUGAUUUUGAGGCGAUUCCGGACGGUUUUGGAGCGGAUUUUGGGCGAUUUUGUGAUGCAUAACCACCUUGGAGGACCCAGAACCAGCGAGAUGACGCAGAGCGGCCGCUGGAGGGGGCGGUGCCAACCACUGAGUUCCGCCCAGAGCGGCGCCAAGCGGGCGCUUCCUCUCACGUGAUCGAAACCCCGCGCUGCCAUUGGUGAAGAGAACCGGAAGAGGACGGAGAGGAGGCGGAAGCGGCGCGGGCGGCAUGGCGGGGUUCGGCGUGGCCAACGAGCGGCUGCGGGCGCUGGAGGAGCUGGAGCGCGAAAUCGGCGCCUCCUUGCAGAGCGCAGGUGUACUUGAGCCUCUCAGGUGUGUCUCACCUGCACAGGUGGGAUUUGGGUUUGUUUGGACCCCCCCAGGUGUACCUGAGCCUCUCAGGUGUGUCUCACCUGCGCAGGUGGCCACGGGGCAGCCCCACGAGGGCUCGAGCUACGCGGCGCGCAAGAGCUGCCAGCUGGCGCUGAACCGCCUGGACUACGCCCGGCGGCGCCUGGCCGAGCUGGCCCGCGCCUGCGAGCUCAUGCUGGAGCAGUGACACACCUGGGCACACCUGGGCACACCUGGGCACACCUGGGCACACCUGGGGAGAUCGCCGGGACAGCGUGGGACAGAGCUGGAAACACCUUGGGACAGAAAAAUGGGGGAAAAUGGGAUUUUAUUGGGGUUUGGCAGCACUGAGAGACUUUGGGCACACCUGAACACACCUGGGCACACCUGGGCACACCUGGGGAGAUCGCCGCAACAGCGUGGGACACACCUGGAACGGCCUCGGGACGGAAAAAUGGGGGAAAAUGGGAUUUUAUUGGGAAUUUAUUGUGGUGGGACAGCGCUGAGAGACUCUGGGCACACCUGGGCACACCUGGACACACCUGGGCACACCUGGGCACACCUGGGGAGAUCGCCGCGACAGCGUGGGACGGAGCUGGAACGGCCUCGGGACG